CACAGAACUGCGCUAGCAGUCCGCAGCCUGUGAGCUUUUAUGCUGAGUGAGGGUCAGGCAGUGAAAGGUUUUUUUUUGUUUGUUUCCAUUCACAUUGCCUGCGCUGUUUUGAUAUUGCUGGUUUUGAUGAUGAUGAUGAUGAUGAAGACGGGAGCGAGGCAUCUCACUAAGGUUUAAAUUUUGGGUAAAUUGUGCGGCAGCUGGAGGAGACAUUGCGCGUGUGCACAUAGAGAAGGGGACUAUACACAGGAGCAGGAAGAUGGCGGAAUGCGCAAUAGAAACAGCUGGGGAAAGCAGACCAGAAGUGAUGGUGCAACCCAGAGUAGAGGAGAGAAAGCUCCAGAUGAACGGCCAUGCCUCCCCGGUGCGUCUACCUGCCAACGGCAGCACCAGCAGCAGCAGCAGCAGCAGCCCUGCUGAUAAACCAACUUUAGAAGGAUUUUUAAAAACAGAUGACAGGAUGCGGUUAGCCAAAGAAAGAAGAGAAGAGCGGGAAAAAACUCUUGUGGCCCGGGAACAGCAGAUCCAGCAGAAGGAGAAGCGAGCGCAGCUGCAGUACGAGAGGCAGAUGGAGGAGCGCUGGCGCAGGCUGGAGGAGCAGAGGCAGAAGGAGGAGCUGCGUAGGGCUGCGGUCGAGGAGAAGAGGAGGCAGAGGCUUGAGGAGGAGAAGGAGCGGCUGGAGGCUAUGAUGCGCCGGUCCCUGGAGCGUAGUCAGCAGCUGGAGCAGAGACCCAAGCGCUGGUCCUGGGGUGGAGGCAACGGGGGAGUCAAAGAGGGUGACUCUGAAACCCCCCCACCUCCUCCUCUAGGUCUGCCCUCCAGCAGCCUCCUCCCUCCAGACCCUGUGAUCUCUGCAGCUGGGGCCCAGGCCCACAAUGCGACUGACAAACGUUCAGCUUCCACCAUGAAUCUGCCCAAGCAUUUGGAGUCGCCAAUCAGUAAGCGCCUGUCCCACUCCUCCGCGACAAUUACCCAUUCUCCUGACAGAGCUCAUCGCUUGCACCUUAGCCCUUUGGAAAACCUACUUGUUAAGCGUCUCUUGACCCCGACGCAGUCUUCGUUAGCCAGGUGCAGAAGUACCACGGCUCUGUAUUGUGCAGAGCACUCAGCGUUGCAUGUCUGUCCUCGUGUAGCUCCGUCCAGCCCGCUCAAGUCUCCCUACAAAGCCUCGCCCAGCCGGAAGAAGAACGCCUCCACCUCCCCCAAGUCUCCCGAGGAGUCUGGAGGGGCAGCAUCAGCUCCUGACAUGCUGAAGACUGAGAAGCUGAAGAAGGAAAAGAGACUCACCUCCCCUGUGCUGGCCUCUCCACUCCACAGACCAGAGUCACCUGCCACUGUAUCCAAGAGGUCGUCUUCACCGGCAACACCCAAGUCUGUUUCAAAGACCCGCGCCCACUCUCCCAGCACUGUGAAACAGUACCCCCCCUCUCCCAUGAAGCAGCGCGCCUCCGUGAGCACGCACCCAGAGAGCGCCAAGAAGAAGGCAGAGCGAGAGAAAGGGGAUGGAGCAGCAGCCCAGGACAGACGGGCCGAGGAGGCCAGAGGCACAGAGAAACCUGACAGAAAAAUGACAAAGUCUGAGAGCAGCGACAUCGGCGCCAGUGAGGCUUCUCCAGUUACCCCCACUGGGAAAACCAUCGCUGGGACCACAGACGCAGAGGAAGCCAGCAAGCUGCUGGCCGAGCGGAGACGCCAGGCUCGCCUUCAGAAAGAACGAGAGGAGCAGGAGAAACGGGAGCAGGAGGAGGCAGAGAGGGUGAAGGCAGAGGAGCUGCGCAGGAAGAUGGCGGAGGAGCGAGCGCGGCAGGAGGAAGCGGCUCGCCAGGCCGAGGAGGAGCGGAGGCGGGAGGAGGAGAGGAGACAGAAGAGGGAGGAGGAGGAGAGACUGAGAAGGGAGCAGCAGGACAGGGAGAUGCAGGCUCAGCUGGAGAGAGAGAGGGAAGAGGCUGAGCUGAAGGCCCAGGAGGCAGCCGAGCGUUUCCGGCAGGAGAGAGAGCAGCUCAAGCUGCAGGUGGAGCAGGAGAGGCUGCAGAGGAAGAAGAGGAUCGAAGAGAUUAUGAAGAGAACAAGAAAGAGUGACAUUUGCGACACAAAGCAGAAGACUGAAGAGCAGCCGGCUGUGGAACUCCUCAAACCGGUCCAGACUGUGAUCCCUGAAGAGCAAGUCAAUGGACAGAUCACGAGCGAGGAGCAGAAGACUUCAGAGGAAUGUGUCUUGGAAACCUCUUAUUCUAAAAUGACUUUCAAAGAACUGAACCCAGUCCCUCCUCUGAUUAACCUUAACCCCAUCGUGGUGAAAUCUCCAAGCCUCUACGAUUGCACCGACGAGGUCCAGUCCAUGGAUGUCAGCCCCGUGUCCAAGGAGGAGCUGAUCUCAAUCCCAGAGUUCUCUCCCAUCAAUGAGAUCCAUCACAUCGGGAUGAGCAACGCCAAGGCCAUCGAGGACCUGCUGGACCUCACCGGACACAUGGCAUACCCCAUGACCACCAGCGAGACCCUGGCUCUAGGGGACCUCAAUAAGAACCUCAUCGAAGGCUUCUGCAGUUCAGGGCAGGACAGCCAGCUCAUCGAAUCCUUAGCACAGUCCAUCGACAAAGCCUCUCUCCAAUAGCCAGAGUUCCUGAGCACUUGCACCAUGCUGCUUCAGGCAGACCUCCAAGCUGUGGCGUAGUCUGAAGGCCGUGUCAUCUAAAGAAGCUUCCUCCCCUCCCUUCUGUGCUCCUCAUACACUGCAGCAGAGAGCCAUUGCUGAAUGUACGUUUUAUUUUCCUCUGAAACGGUGCCCUGCUGAACGUGCUAAUGUGGGUGGAGCUCCUGAAUAAUGGGACUGCGAUUGAUUGCUCUGAUUCAGGGAUGCCUGCUUGUGCAGUGGGGACUCUGGGACUAGAAGAAUCACCUUGUUUUAAAAACAUCUCAUCAAUUAACUCACUUCACUGUGGCUUUUAACAUUUUGUAUUUUUUUUGUCAUGUGGAUUUUAUUUCUUCCAAGUAUUUUAGCGAGCAUGUGACGUUUUUAUAUUUAUUUUCUAAAGAAAAAAAACAAGUGUGUUAGAAGCGUUCUGAUUGUGUGCCUGUUUUUACAAUGUGUUGGAUAGUUUUGUUUUUUUGUGCGUGUGCAAUAGUGAAGAGUCGACGUGACGGAGACACUUUAUAAAAACACUGCUGGGGGUUUAGCCUCUUAACAGCAGAAGAUUAUUCCAUAGAGAUGUAAAUUUAGAGUCCGUCAGGAAUGACUGUAUAUUAGAUUACCUGACAGCCAGAAUCGGUUCUUGCAGCAUUGGCGUUUACUUAUAAUACUUGCCCACCACUAAAUGCAUCCUAACUCGCCUCAUUCCUGCUCUGCAGUACAGCUGUAGCACUAAACAGUUUUUCCUGGACUGUCUUUAAAGAGUACAUUAACAGAAGCAUUGUCAAUGAGGCUGGCAUGCACCCCUCCUUCCGCAGUCAUCUUGAUCCUUCAUUAGCUAAUGUGUUACGGGAGUCUCUUGAUCACUUCCACUUUAAUAUUUUUGGCUGACUGAGGCAUAGCGAUGGCCAGACAGUUCUCAUUUAAACAGCGAUAAAGAAGCAAAACAGAAAACGACUGUUUUAACACCAGAUUGGAGACCGCACCAGUAUUUGCGUGUUCGUUAAAUAUGUUUAAUUGCUUGCUCAACAGCCAUUUGCUGUUCUCCUCUGAAGCCAAUGAGCCAUGCGUUGGCCAGCCCCAGCCCCAGCCCCAGCCCACAACCAUUACCUAAUAAUGAUGCUGUAGUGGAACUGUGCUGAAUAAAGGGGGGGGGGGGAGAAUGCAUCGCUCCACGGGCGCGUGCCCAGCAGGCUGGUGUGAUCCAUGCGUUUCUGCCAUACAUAGUUUAGACCCACAUCUUCCGACAUUAAGCUUAACUACAACAAGUGCUUGUCGUCCUGUGUGGUGUUGGGUAUAUUAAAGGGAAGAACUCCGCUCAAAACGGUUCUACAUUCACAAUUGAUACAGUAUAAAGCUACGUAUGGUUAGAUAUUGUCAAAUGCAUUACCUAUAUAGCUGUAUUUUUGACACUGCUUUCUAGAAAGGCACCGAUUUUCACCAUCCUUAAAGACGCUAAACUUAGAAAACUAGACCUGUACCCAUUGCUUUGCUUCAGUGGGACAGACUUGCGGAGUGUAGCAUGUGUGCUCUAUACUAUGCUGUAUUUCAGGUCACCUGAGUUUCCUAUUUUUUCUAUGUAGUUACAGUCCUAGUCAUAUGAGGAAUUACAUUUUCUCUUUCUGUUUUAAAUGUGCAAUGCUUAUUCGACAAUAUUUCCAAAGUGGUUAAGGUCUACCAGAGAUACAAGAUGGCAGGUAAAGAAGUACUUGGAAUAUUUCAAUGUUAGCUUCAGCUUCUUAAUUCAGCCUGAGCAUUAAUUAAACACGUGUUAUGAAUUUGUGGCGUGCGUGUCAGAAUAUGUGUGCGUGUUUUUUUUUUUUUUUUUUUUUCAUGUAAUUUAAAAAAUAUGGCCUACCAGUUCAAACAAAACCAGUUUACUUGAAGUGUGGUGUGAUGCUGGGGUCUUCCAAACGUGGCUUUCUAACACGAGAACGUUUCACGAAGAGGUUGUGGUGACGUCGUUCUGUAUCUGCAAAAUGCAAUACGUUGCAAUUUGUGUUAGUGUAAUUAUUGUAAACAUGGUGCGUAUUACCCUUGCAUGAAAUCUGCAGCAUGUGCACAUAAUAAAGCAAUCCUCCUUUAAAGUG